UCGCUGUUGGUUCUGUCGCUCAACCAGAAUGAAGUAUCACCAACUUAACUGACUGCCGGUUAGCAGACUAUUAAACCAAACUUUAUUAAAAUAAUAUUUUUGAAUUAUUUGUUUAAGUGUGAAUUUGUGAUUUAGAUUUUAUUGUUUUAGUAAAAAUUUAGAAUGAUAUCUUGGCAUUGUGUAACAAUCAGUUCUGAUAUUUCUACAUAAAAUACAAAUUGUAUGUUUAUUUAAUUUAGGCUACAUCUUAAUCAUAGAAAGGCUCAGGCAAAAUGAGUUUCUUGGAAGAAAUCCUGGUUUCUAAAGGCCUCGUUGAAGUGCAGGAGUUGAAUGUAAAAAUUCAAGAAUUAGCCAAAUCUAUUGUGGUCCUUAAAGGAGAAGUUAUUGUAGCAAUGGAAGACAUAUAUGUCAAUUACACAUCCACAUUGGAUGACACGAAUCAUUUGGUGAACGAAGUGAAGAAUUUAGAAACUCAACUCGAUCAUGUCACAGAUUGUAUUGACAACAAGAUGAAAUGUGAGCUGGCAGCGUCUACGGACGAAUUGGAAAAUUUGUCAGUAACGUUGAAAGAGGCGACAUUAUCUUGCAAUAUGGUGAAACAAUUGCUUAAAAUUCAUACAGCCUUGGACAUGUCGCAGAAUGUUAACAGUGGGAAAAUUCUUGAGACGGCUCAACAGUUGAAAACCGUGGAAGAAGAUCUGAUAAGAGAUAACACUUUUGGUUUAGAGUGCCUUGACAUAUUUGAAGGAAUCAAGAAAGAGCUAGUGUUUGAACGAUCCAAACACUCAUUCAAUACAGUUAAACUGUGGUUGCAGAGCGUAAGUUGGGACGAAACCAUUAUUGAAAACUGUAGGAUUGUGACGCUCUCUUUAGCGACUAAUGUUGACAAGCAAGAACUAUUGGAGGCCUUAUUUUAUUACGAUUUGUUGUCAAUGGAAAUGAAUAAAUUUGGUGGACGGUUAUUUCGCGAUGUGUUGUGCCCGAUUAUAUCUAAAGUUACCCGAGUGGAUUUCAAGGACAAGUCUACUUUAGCGUUAAGAAUAGAUCUGAGUGGAAGAGCACCUCCUUGUAUUGAUGUGCUCAAUAAUCUAACUAUUGUGUUAAACUUUUUAAGUUUGCAAUUAAAUCUCAAAGUUGAUGAUGAAACGAGUUUCAUUUCUGAGUUGAACAAGCAGAUUAGUGCUGAAUUUAUUAGCUACUUAAUAAAGAAUUGCCUUUCUUUAACAGUGCCUAAAAAACGUGAUGAGUUAGAAGCCUAUAAAGUACUAGUAGAAGAUAUCACAGCUUUUGAAGUGUUCCUGAAAGAUAUAGGCUUCAUCAGUGAAGAUGAUAAAUCUAUUGCUGAGUAUUCGACCAAUGUAGAGGAGUUGUUCGCCAUAAAAACUUGUGAGGCAUACCUUGCAGCUGCUCGUAACAUCAUGAAAAAGGAUAUUCAUGACAUCAAACAAGUCGGUCCGGUAAGCAGCAAUGUACCUGAAGAGCUGGAGACUACUAUUCACCUUACUGAGGUCAGCCCUCACACAUUCCAGUUUCCUUCUUGUCAAAUCAGCAAGAGUACAGAUGAGCUGCUAGACUUGGUCAAUGAAAUACUGCGAGAGAUCCCCAAGAACACUGAUAUGUGUGUUGUGAAGCUCUUCUACACGGCCAGGAAUGUGUUCAUCAUGUACUGCGACGUUGUGCCAGAGUUCCACGAGCGACUCCUCAACACCAUUCCUCAACAGUCAGCUAUCCUUCACAACAACGCCAUGUAUUUGGCUCACCACUUGAUGUUCCUGGGGCCCAAAUACCAACCCUCCUUCCCACCUGUGCUUCAAAGUCACACAACCACGUUUGUUGACCUCGUGGAGACAUUACGAUCGCUGGCUGUCUCCGUUUUCAGUAAACAAUUGCUGAUGCAGAAGAAGCACAUCAUUGAUAUCCUCAGAGAUUCAGGCCUAGUUACAUUGAGUGACAGCCCUAAGUUCCCAGAAGAUAUAGAGAAGGCGAUACGUCAAUGUUUGCGGCAGCUUGCACUACUGCAGACUGUGUGGCAACAUGUCCUACCCGACAACAACUACUGCAAAGCCUUGGGUCUACUGUGUAACGCCUUUGUGGAGGAGAUUGUUCAGAAGGUGUUGUCGGCCGAGGAUAUCCCAGCAGACACAGCGGCUCAGCUUGUGGAGGUCUUCUCACUUAUACAACAAAAGGCUCCUCUGGUCUUCCCGGAGCCUCAGGAGAUUCACAGGCACGUGAAGAAAUGGGCAAAGUUCACAGAACUACAGCUGGUGUUGGGUGCAGGACUGCGAGAGGUGGACGAUCGUUGGGCCGAUGGCAAGGGGCCCCUCGCUCAGGAGUUCACUGCAGACCAAGUCAGACACCUGGUCCGGGCACUUUUCCAGAUCUCUGACCGGAGAGCCAUACUCCUUGCCAAGAUCAUUUGAUGAGAUGCUAUAAUUUUAUACAGAGUUUAAAAUAAGUGCUUCUGUAAUACUCUGUAUAAACUUUAUAUUGUAUAUAAUGCAGAUAUUUUAUUCCUUAUACAGCUCUAUUGAGUUGGUAAUAAAAAAAUAUUUUCUAUUUUUCUCUUCUUGAUUAAAUAUUUUUUAACUACAA